CAGCGGGGCCACAGUUGGUCAGAGGAGCGGAGUAGCAUCACAGACAGGGUGCUUGUUUUGACUUUGUAAGCCGCGGAGGAAAGAAGCGAGCAAAUCUACAGAGACACCAGUGAUGGCAUCGGCUGGUAGUGGAGUGGAAGAAGUUCGUGUUUCAGUGCUAACCCCGUUAAAAUUGGUGGGCUUGGUGUGCAUAUUUUUGGCUCUCUGUCUGGAUAUUGGUGCCGUUUUGAGUCCUGCUUGGGUCACCGCAGACAAUAACUAUUAUCUUUCGUUAUGGGAAUCCUGCACAAAAUCCACGAACUCUGAAAUCUGGCAGUGCAACUCCACGCUUGGAAAUGAUUGGCAAAUUGCUACCCUAGCUUUGCUCCUUGGUGGUGCAGCCAUCAUUCUCAUUGCCUUCCUGGUGGGUCUGAUUUCUGUCUGCGUAGGAUCCCGGAGGCGGUUCUACAGACCAGUUGCUGUCAUGCUUUUCGCUGCAGUGGUCCUCCAGGUAUGCAGUCUUGUCCUCUAUCCCAUCAAGUUCAUCGAAUCUGUCAUCUUGAAAAUAUACCAUGAGUUUAACUGGGGCUAUGGGCUUGCCUGGGGGGCUACCAUUUUUUCAUUUGGUGGUGCCAUUCUCUACUGCUUGAAUCCCAAGAAUUAUGAAGACUAUUACUAGAAAUGUCUUUCCGUCCAGCUUCAACCACAAGGAGGAUUAUGAAGAAUCUUAUUUUUAUAACACUCUGUUCUAUAUCAGGAGUUAAAGCUGCUCACCUGACCUUCUUUGCCUUUGGCUACAAACAAUACAGUAUCUAACAAAGACACUUGAGUAGUGAAGAAGCAACCUGCAAGCAAACCUUAAAAAAAAAAAAAAAAACUUUUUAUUUUUCCUUUUAGAGUUUAGCUGUCUGAACUACUGAAAAAGACAAAAUUGAUCACUUUUUAAGAUGACAGGGAUAAACUAACUGAGGAAAACAAGAAUGGUCCUAAGUGUUUUUUUCAUUUUCAUUACUGUGAUAACAGAAUUAUUUCAUAGCAUAUUUUUUCAUCACACUAUGACAAGGAGACAAAGAUGUGGAUUUUGCUUAUAUGCUGUCAGAGGUAUUUUACCAAUGUAAGAGUUUUCGAACUCCAAUUUUAAAACAUUAAUGGUGGCAAAACUUUGGAAGAUAUUCUGUUUUUUCUUUCCUAAAUGAUUCAGUGUCUGCUAAAUAAAACACUUCAUAGUUGAAUUCAUCUAGACAGAAGAGAAAUUCAUCUAAAAUUAUGAAAUUGGUGGUUAUCAUAAAAUGUUGUGGUAUAGUUAUCCACUUUGUGGAAAUUUCAUUGGAACUAAUCCAUCUUAAUCUGAAGAGAGGACCUGAUGUACCCUCUAGCGUGAGGUGCAUAGAACAGGUUUGGAAGGUUCAGUCUGUAUCAUAUUUUAUGAAGGCAAACAGUGUACUGCUUGUAAACCCAUAUAUGAAGGCUUGGCUUUCUGAGGUGUAUUUUAUUAUUUAAUUUAGUGACAUAUUAUGUAGGUAAAAAUUAAAGAAAAUAUUACAAUUAAAAGAAAUUUUAUUUUAUUUUAUUCUGGGAUGGAAGGGGAAUCUCCUUAGCAGUAUGAAAAAAAUACCAUGUCUUUUGUUUUAAGUAUGUUUCUGUAUUCAUUAAAUGCACAGAAUGGUUUGACCAAUUCACAAACAAGACCAAGUGUAAUUUUGAUAACAGGGUUUACAUUAUAGUAAAUGUGAUCUCUAAAAUAUAAAAUUGAAAUGCACAAUUCUCCAAUCUUUUACACUAUUUAGUUUAUAGUCCCCCAAUAUGAUGAUUUUAUGACACAGUUCAAGACAAUAAUAGUAAUCAGUUUGUUGUUUUCAAGCUACGCAUAAUAAGUGGAUAUUAUGUGAGUUAAAAUGUUUAAAACAUCAUUCAAAAUAAAAGAUAAAAAAACUUAUAUACAUUAUAGCAUCCUUGACAAACGAACACAAAGACUGUUAAAUGGGUGAACCAUACCAUCUCUAGGGUCUUGAUAUUUCUCACAAUUCAAAAGGCCUUCCUCAGGUUCUUUUUUGGAUUGCAGUAGCCACUCUGUUGUUGUAAGUUUUGUUUUAGGUAUGAACGGAGCCUCAAGUAGACCCUUAGGCCGGCUUUCUGAGACUCACAAGGCUUAGUGGUGACACAGACCUUUGUUUAGCUUCUUCCAUGUAGUAAUGUGACAAGUGGCUUUUAUUCUGUCCUCAUUAUAGGACUAACCCCUGUGAAGUCCUUCAGUAGAGAGAGAGAGGGGGGUUAGGAGCACGCGCCGAUACAGAACAUUGUCACACCCACCACAUGACAAACCAACUCAGGAUCCCAGAUGAGGGCCCAAGUGCAGCCAUGCAAUGGGCGAGAAGACAGAUAAAAUGUGACAAAAGUUCUGUGAACGUAUUCAAUGGGUAACAUUAUUUACUAUUUAAUGUUAGGCUUAGAUUAAAAGAAUGUGAGUGUACCAAAGCACAUGAUCAGAAAGUGUCCCGAAAUCAAGUGUGUACACUUCUUAAUUAAUGACCUGUUGGAAGAUGUUUUGUCUGAAUGUAUUACAAAAUACUAAGUAAUCAUUUUGCAUUACGAUUUUCAUCACUGAAUAUAAAAACAUCAAUUGCCGCGUGAUGAACUGUUUAAAUACUACAGACUAAAUAUGGUAUUUUGGUCUUUGGAGGUCUAGGGCAACUGUGUUUGAACAAACUUAUUGAUGUGUGGGUGCUGGAAGCGGUGGUACAUGGAUUACAUUCUACUGGCAUUUGUAUGUUCUUUUCAAGAUUGUGUAAGGUUCUUGGAGUGACUUAAGUUUUUUUUUCCUGUGUUUAAAGGCGCACAUCAGGUUGACUGCCGUGAGUGUAUGUGCACAGACAAAGAGACUGGUACUCUGUUUUGGACAAAUUUAUACUUUUAGGUGAGGGUAGGCUGGAUUACUUGGUUUUAUUAAUGACUACAGUAUUAAGAUGGGGGAUGAUACCUAUAAUUUAACUGGUAAUAGAUGGCUCCUUUAACAAAAAGGAAAUCCUGCUAUCAUUUAGCUUUCCUAAGCUUUUAGCAGUGUAUAUGAGAUUAAAUAAUAUGAAAGCUGAACCUCUGGGAUUAUCUGUGGUCAAGUCCAACCCAGUUGAUCCAAUGUAAACUAAAGUUUUACAUAUAAUAAAGAGACAACUUGCUCACAUUUCAAGAAUAAUUACACAAUAAACACUUUACAUUCGAAGCAGAAAGAGCCCCAUUCAGUUUUCUUAUGUUUUUUUGUUUUCCAAAAGUGAGAGGGAUCUGUGAACACAAUAUACACAAAAUCCUUAAUUCACCAAUAUCACAUUUCUUACCAUCCCAAAUGGUGUCCAUAAGACACUUCAGUCAUCUUGCCACACAUGUAAUGUGAUCAUUUCUUCCUCUCUAUUUAAGCCGGCACGAAUCCCCUUGGACUUUCAGAAUAAUAUGUAGGCUUCAAAGAAACAAAGUUCUAAGGUCCCAUUUUUCUAUAAAACUACCUAAACAACUCUUGCAUUAUGUUGAAGUUUAAACAGGAAACACUGGGGAAAACAAAAAACAAAUUAACACAUAUAGCAUUUUAUACUUAAUAGGUAGGUUAUUACAAAUCUGUUUUAGAAAAUAUUUUGGAUGGAAACAGAUAUUGCGUCUCUGAUUAUGUGCCUCUAUUUACUAUUAGCAUUCAACAUUUUUUUCCUUUCUGUGUUUUUACAUUACGCUGUACAUGAACUCAUGGAAAGUGCAGUGGAGCAGUGUAUUUAAAAAAUUACUCAUGACAAAAGCACCAUAAUAGUCAUUCGGCAUUUUUUUACAUGGCCGUUAAUUAAUUUGAAAUUACAUUAAAUCACAACUAGGACAUGUGUAUUUAAAACACUAUUUACUUAUGUUUUUUUUCACACUAUAUACACAAACACAAUUAUUGUGUACAGUAUUACAUUUAUAGUACUUGAUGGAUAUUUAAAACUUGUGGUUGACAAAUUUCAUGUAAUCCUUCACUGUGGGUAAAGUUUUUUUCAAAGUGACUUUGUUUAUGUUUGACUUCUCAAAUAUACUUACUCUUGUUAGAUUUAAGUGCUUUUAAUUUUGCAUCAUCCAUUUAUAGUAUGUUAGAAGACUUUGAUAAAUAUCAUUUAAACAAAUACAAAUUCUACAAAGAAUCACCUACACCUAACUUGUGAAUUCUGUCUGCUGCAUGUUACUUUAUUAUUGUACUUACAGUAAUCAAUUCAUUGUUUUGAUAUUCCAGCAGUUUAACAGUAUUGAUAUUAAACAUUAUUUUUUAACAUUAUACAUUAUCAAAAUAUAUAUAUAUUUAUGUCACAAACAUACAGCAGUUCAAAUUAGGUGUCAGUGAAUCAGAAGGAAAAAAGGCUUUUCACUAGCAUAGUGUAUUAUUACAGGGCACUGUAAUGGCUACAGAUUUUGUUUCAAUUUUAUUUUACUUGUGUUUCAAGUUAGGAAAAACUCAUUGGAAUCUUAAUUUUUAAGGCAUCUGUUCUACAUACUAGGCUGAUUGAAUAGUCUUUUGUUAUGUUUCUGUAGUUGAAGUCCAUUUAAGACAGAAACAAGGGCCCACUUUGCAACGCAAAGGGUUAUGAGAAUGCAGAGCAAAUGAUCAAGUCACGUAGUUGAAAAAGAAAGGUUCAUAACUUUACAAAUGUAACUGAAUGAAAUAUUAGGAAAACUUAGCUAUUAGAUAACCAAACAAGCUUGAUGGAGUGAAUGGUCUCCUUUUAAUUUGUCUGAUUCUUAUGUUCUUAAAUCAGCCAUUUCCAAUAGGAGAAAUGUAUUCUUGAAAUACAUCUCUAUAACAGCAACAUUCUCUGCAUUUUCAGAUAAGACUAGCAGCUUUGUAAAUUAGGAACAAUGUCAGUUCAUAUUGUAUAACAUUGAGACAUUCAUGCAUCAGUGCCUUUACUAUUGUCGCUUACUCUAUGAGAGUUCCAUAAGGGUUUUUAGGCCAGCAUUUUUAUUUAUAAUAGUUCUAUCUUUCUUCUUGUGCAUGUAUGUUUUUAUUUUUAUUUAAAGGCACAUGAGGAUGUAUAAUGCUGUUGAUUCCACAUGUUUUCAGUUCUCUUCCACAUAUUUUUGUUUUAACCCCACUGAGACAUUAUCACGAAAUAUUUCAGAGCCACCUUUGACAUUAAUAUUGGAAUAUAUUUAAACUUACAUGGUGACAAGUUCUAAAAGAAAAAAAUAUAUAUACUGUAUCUCUGUGUGAUUGAUGUCUUUUAAUAUAAUUGCAAUACUAUGGAUUAGCACGUUGCUGUACAUUGUCAAAGAAGCAACAAUUAGAUCGGUAUAUGAGGUCUAACUGUAUGGUCGGCAAUGCUAUUUAUUCAGAUCGCCUGUAUUUUUUGUACUCAAUUGUGCACACUAACCUCUUGCCUCUGUGUCUUUGAUAUUGCCUCGGACUGUGCCUAGAAUUUUUAAAUGUUUUUUUUUUUUUCUUUUUUUACUGCAGGUUUCAAUUUUCCUUAUGUAUUGGUUGAAGUUAAAUUUCAGUUGUAGUGUACUGAUUAUUUUUUUUAGCUAUGUCUUUGACACAGAUUGCUGUUUUCCACUUAUUAUUUUUUCUUCUCUAAAUGAAUAAUAAACUUGUUUAAGGUAUUCUUGUUGUUUGUUAGUUUACAAACAUCUUUGCAUUUAUUGAAUAAAUGCAGAGAUGAAGGAGACAUAUACCUGAAGUUAUGACCGAGAUACACUAUAAUUUCUGUGCAGCCCUGUUUGUUCAUCGUGAUCAACAUCCAUCCAAACAUCAUGGCUAAAAUUCAUAUUUACCCAGUUUAUACUGUGCACAAAAGUUCAAGCUGUUAUAUUCAAUGAAUGAACAAUUAUAUUGGCAUUACAUUUCCCUAUUUUGUUUUUAUUGAUUUUAAACCAAGCCACAUUUAAUACAAAACUGUCAAGGAUGGUUAUUACUAUGCAACAUAUUUUAAUGUUUUAUGUAUACAGUGUUAUUUUUUAGAUACAGUAUUAUUAUUACUGUGCCAGUGUUGUAUUUUUACUUAGCAUAGUACUUAUGUCUCUUUCUUUUGACAUGGGCAGUAAACUCCUGGAAAUCGCCUGUGUGAGUGUAUUACAGAGCAUUAUGAGAUACUUGGUUUAUGAUAUCUGCACUAUAUUAUAUUUAGCACAAGACCACUAGUGUACAAAAUGAAGCUUGUCAAUAGAGACUGCAGUGCCCUUUUACUUGUAUGCCAUCUAAGAAACAGUUUUUAUCAGCUUAUUACUUCUGUGAAAUCCCCUAGCAAACCACAGACUUCCCUUUAACCAGCUCUUCACUCUGAGAAUAAAGCUUCUGAGACAAGCUACAGCGGCAGCUACAGUAGAAUCUCACAGACACCUCUGUUUGCUAAAGUAUAAAAGUAGUUUAAGAAGCAUGGCCAAACGAGCCGUCAUCUAGUGUGCUCAUACUCUCUGUGUCAUCUGCAUGUGAAGUCUCUGACCAUAUGUUUUCCACAACACAUUCUUUAUAUAAAAAAAGAGAGAUCCACUGGUUUGAAAGCUUUAACUUUUCAGCUGGUGUCACGAAUAGGUAUUCAGACCUGUUUGCUGAAUGUGUUCUUAAAAAACCUGUUCAUGUCAGUCAGUUAUAGCUCGGAGUGGGAAGCAGAGCCACAAGCUGUUGUUCUAAGUUUAAAUAAAGUUUUAUUACUUUCUUAUAAACUGGAGGCAACAGAGCUAGGUAGUGUGUUAAUUAAUCAUAUAAUGCAGGAAGCAUAAAUAACUGUUAUCUGUUGGCUAAGGAAAAGAUUUUUUCACAGCUCUGUGUGGAGUGUUUCUGUUAGCUUAACAAAUAAAGAAGACAAAAGAAUUGAUUAUUCACACCUUUAUAGGUGAUACUGCUUCUCUUAGGUCAGACUGUUUCACUUUUUAGCUCACCAUUGGUCCUUUGGGAGCAGAAAUACUGCAUAUUAACAUUAAUACAUAUUGCAAAAACUUAAAAAAAAAUAAAGCACUGUAAGAUCUCAGUAAUGAGCAUAAAGGCUGAAUAAAACAACAAAGUGGCACAGAAAUCUCAAAUAAUACUCUAUAUAAAGUAAUACUGUAUACAUAAAAUAUUACAUGAUAAUAUAUUGCAUAGUAGCAAACCCUUAUCGAUGCAAAUGGAAAAGGAACUAUUUUAAUUACAUUUAAUAAUACAAUUCUACAAAAUGAAUGUUCAGCAUAUUAUGAAUUUAUAUUUGAAGCUGCCAUGCUUGAUUUUGUACAAGAAUUAAGUUUUUUCUUCUGUCCUUUUAAACAUUAAAUGGUACCAUACGCUUUUGGACAAAACUCAAUUAAUGUACCAAUGUUGAUCAAUUUAGUAAAUUUGUUUUCAGAGUUUUGCCUUUUAAAGUAAUGAUGUUGUUUAAAAAAAAUUACCAUUUAGUCAAAUAAUAAAUUGAUAUAUUGUUGGCACAACUA